AUGCCGGACGCUAAACCUUAUUCCCAAAGCUACCCCGACGCCGAAGGGUAUUUCGGUCAGUUCGGUGGCAAGCAUUAUCCUCCUGAGGUUCAGCCUGCACUAGAAGAACUGGCCAACACAUAUCAGGAGCUGCGUCAAUCACCGGAAUUCCAGCGCGCCCUCAACAAGGCCCGAAUCGGACUUCAAGGGCGGCCAACGCCGGUCCAUUAUCUCGAAACUAUAUCGAAGCAGGUCGGGGGCGCUCAGAUCUACGUUAAGCGCGAGGAUUUGAAUCACACAGGCGCGCACAAAAUCAAUCACUGCGUUGGCUUCGCCCUCCUGGCCAAGAAACUCGGUAAGACGAAGUUGAUAGCGGAAACGGGGGCCGGUCAGCAUGGCGUCGCGCUCGCAACUGCGGCGGCCUAUUUUGGCCUGGAAUGUGAGGUUCACAUGGGCGAGAUCGAUGUUAGUAAACAGAGUUCGAAUGUCGGUCGCAUGCAGCUGCUCGGCGCACGCGUAGUGUCUGCAACCGCUGGCCAAUCGGCUCUGAAGGAGGCCAGUGACUCCGCGUUUAAUGCAUAUGUAGAGCAGCAUAAGCAUGCGCUAUAUGCGAUCGGAUCGGCUAUAGGGCCUCAUCCCUUUCCCUUGAUUGUUCGGGACUUUCAGAGUGUGGUGGGUCAAGAGGCCCGUGAGCAGUUCCUUUCGAUUACGAAUGGAAGCUUGCCUGAGCAUGUUGUUGCCUGUGUUGCGGGUGGCUCGAAUGCGAUGGGCAUGUAUUCGGCUUUUCUUGAUGAUCGGGGGGUCAUUCUGCAUGCAGUGGAACCACUGGGCAAAUCCGAUGAGCUGGGUCAGCACGCCGCCACGCUAUCCUAUGGUAAACCGGGAACAUUGCAUGGUGCUCGGUCGAUUGUGCUGCAGCAUGAUGAUGGUACGCCUGCGAAUGUCUCAUCCGUGGCAUCUGGGCUCGUCUACCCUGGCAUCGGCCCGGAGAUGGCGAUGCUCCAUGAAGCCGGUCGGAUUUCCGUCGCAACAAUUUCCGAUGAGGAAGUCAUCAGUACCUUUUUUCGCAUGGCAAAAUUUGAGGGAAUCAUCCCUGCUCUGGAAAGUGCGCAUGCGGUAGCAUUCGCGAUCCGAUUGGCGUCGCAGCGCCCUUCGUCCGAACGCAUACUGGUCAAUCUUUCGGGGCGCGGUGACAAAGACGUUGAAUACGUGCUUCAGAAUUAUGGUACUGGGCAGUAG